AUGGUUAUUGCUAAUACUGCUAAUACUAUUGUUGUUGCUACUAAGACCGGUUCAUUAAUGACGGGCGCCAACAAUUUCACUACUCAAAAUGAUUUGGCAGUUGACGAAUCAAGUUUAGAAAAUUUUGAAACUGAUAGGAUACAUUCCUCAGAGGUACCAUCUCAAGUCUUGAAACCAAAUUGUGAUCAGUUAUUGAACGACAAUAGUGAAAUGGAAGCCAUUUCUGAACAAACGAGUACACUGGUAGAUUUUUCGUCUGUUGUCGAUAUAACAUCACUGACAAGGUCUUUAGGCGUGGAGCCUACAAAAUAUCCCCUUAUUCCAGAAGGUGUCGUUGAUAAUCAUCUGGGUAACCAAUAUACUGACGUCAUUGCCGAGAUUAAGAACACAAUUAAAUCUGGUUUUGAUUUAAAGGUUACUAUGAUUAUCAUUUCCCUUACUUUAAAUUACCAUUUGGAAUAUAGUACCAUGCAUAACCUUUCCAAACCGGAUUGGGUUAAAUUGUUUAAAUUGCUUUUUAAGAAUCUUGAAGGGAUCAUGGAUCAAAUAAUAAUGCUCGUGGAUAAUGCUAUACCAUUGGUGAGUUAUAAUGAAAAGUAUGAAAAGAAAACUAGCUACUUGCAAGGAGCACCCAUUAGAUACUACCUUUCAGUUAUCAAAACUAGUAGCUAUCAAAGUCUAAUGAAAGAUGCUUAUCCUAUUUCAUAUACUGAUAUUUGGAAAGCUGUAGAUGUUACAUACACAUCCAAAACUUCAAUGAUUAGUGAAAGAAAGACCUCACCAAAGUCCAAGAAAACUACGAGAAGUGAAAAUACAAAGAAAACAUGUAUAGUCUGUGGAAAGUUUGGACAUGAUUUGAGAAAUUGUUUUAAAUUAAAGAAUGCAAAGAGACGUGGAUCCAUUGUCAUUGAAAAUGGAAAAGUUUGUACUUUGGACAAUAACAUGUUGAAGAUUGGCAAGGGUGAAAACAUGAUUGAUAAAUAUCCGGAACUUUUUACAAAGAAGAAAAACUCAACAGUGUACAAUGAAUUAGAAAAUGAAACCAACAAGGAAAGUUCAAGUGUUGGGGAUACGGAUGAAAAAGAAAAGAUAGUGAAAUUGAAUUGUGCUGAAAGAUCCAACCUCGUUCAAAAUAGGAAACUGAGAGUACCAAUUAACGAACCAACCACACUGAAAACCGCCAUCUCUAGUCCCAUGAAAAAAUUCCUGGAAAAUCUGAACUCAAGUAGCCACAGAAAAGAUUUUGAUAAAAAAUUGUUGAUCUUGAGAGGAACCGGCGAAGAACCAAUGCCAAUAACUACUAGAAACACAAACCGAGAUAUUUUGAAAGCUGGGAGAAUUCAAGUCAAUCCACCAUUGAGAAAUGUGGCGGCUGCACUCAAUGACCUACAAGUUUGUAAAGAAGACGCAACUAAUGUGUCACAUAUAUCAAAACAGGAAUCAGAAACUUUGCCUGCUGCGGUAACUACAAAUUUGAGAAACUUACCGAAAAUGAAUUUGGGAGCCUUAAAGGGUGAUGCAUUAGGCUUUUCGGAUUCAUUUACGACGAGUGAUGAAGUUCCCGAAUUUGUAGAACCUAUAACUUGGGGCAAGGUUCUUGAAGGUUUGGAAUUAGUGUCAACUAAAGGUAAUCCUGGGCCUUCUGGAUGGAAAUAUGCCGGUUAUUAUGAAUCGAAAUAUAAAGAAAGAAGUUUGGACGAUUCAGUUUAUGGAAACACAUUGAUUGAUAUACCUUUAGAAGUAUUUCUCGAUAUAGACCCGGACUUUAGAAGCUACAUACAGGAAAUAACUUCUUGA